GUUUUCUACACAUGCUUAUCUUAAUAACUUUUGUGCGAUAAGCACAUUGCCAAAUGAAUAUAACAUUUCAGGCCUACGUGUCUGUUUUUGUCAGUUUUAUCAACUUCGUAAGCAUCGAAAGACUAUCGUAUAGCCGUACAAUUCACAGGACGUGCAAAAAAAAUCAUUAUGUUUCCAUUAUGUUCCACGAAUAAAACAGGUACGUGCUGCAACCGCUUUACUUGGAAGUGUAACUCCCUCGGGUAUCGUGUAGUUCGAUGAGUAUAAUAUAAAACACGUCAGUUAUUGCUACGCCCUUUGCAACAUAUGUUUUCAUCACACAGCCAUUGUUUGUGUAGUCGGCACUGCCUGUCUUUGUGACUAGUAUUGCGGGGUUAACCUACCGGUGUCGUCAGACGAGAGGGGAGGGACUAUGGUGUUGCAAUCAUGGCCAGUUCAACAUCAUCGGCUUGAAACUACUGUAACAGAGGGAGGGUGUUGGGUAUUUGAAGACUCUACUUUACAUCAGACUCGGUGCAGUUAGACGGGCAGGUGAAGGGAGCACGUCUGAUCUGAGAGCCACGUCGAAUUGCUAGACUGGAUUAAAUGCCUGUUAAGAUCGCUAUUUUAGAUCAGAUCAGGUGGUGUAAAUACAUUAUUAAAACAGUUUAAUCUUUACAGUAGCCAGUUGAAAGUCUCCCAGAGCUACUACAGACAAAGCUGACUUCUCGGUUGCCAGUAAGCUUCCAAUGUGCAACUUCUAUAUAUCUAACUAGGUAGCCUGGGUAGCAGUAAAGGUAAGCUAGCAAGGUAGCUAACUUUUUUUCUGACGGUAGAUUGAUCCAAAGUUUUGAUCUCAAACUUGGCAGCAAGACAGAGGUGGAAUAUCACACACUUUUCUCUCUGACGCAAGAUACAGACAAGAAGACGCUGAAGUCAAGGAAUACCUAAAAGUGACCUAUUCGCCAAUUCAGCGGGAAUACCGAACAAAGACGUCCCACGGAACAAAAACGAAAAUACCGGUAGCUAACGCUAGCUGGUUGAAGCUCAUUAUCUGCUGCCUGAGAGCACGUCAAAGUGGACUGGUCAGUGGCUUCUUUCCUUUGACAAAAGAACGGCGAACAAGGAUUGUCAAAGAAAUUGUUGAAUGAGCCUGAUUUCUGAAUUAUGGGCCAAUGAAUGAUACAUGCUGGCGGUCGGCGAGCGCACGGUGACCAUUUAACCCGUUAGCGAACGGAUCGCAUUUUUUGUUCUCAUUGAGGCGAAAAGGAAUCCUAACUGUGGUCGAAAGGAUCUAGCGUGCGAGUUAUCCUACUUAGCGUUGCGGGCUACAACAUCGCUCCAUCAUCAUUGCUUUUUGGACUAUUUAUUUCCAAGACUCCAGUCCUAUCUUUUGAUUAACGUCUAUUUUUGCAACGUGUCUUAGAGGAUGGUUUUCCACAACUGAUCGCUUUGGUUGAAACUGGAAUUGCCCUUGCUAGUCAGCAAGCUAACGUUAGCAACCAUUGUUCUGCUUUGGUGAAGUGAAGAGUGGGUCCCUUUGUCUUCCACAAACGAGAUGAGCGUGAACCUGCAAAAUGCCCGGCGCACGCUGCCCCUGCGACUGAAGCGGCUGGAAUUCGAGGACACGCUUGAUACGGACACGCUGAAAUGCAAGCGCCCCCGGCUCAGUCUGCCCCCCUCCCCGGGGCUGGCGCCCUGUCUCCGCCCACUGACCCAGAGCCCGAACCCCGGAAGCGCGGAGCAGCACUGUGUCUCUCGCAUUGGACCGUACAUCCUGCUGGAGGCCACGGAGGGAACCCAGACGUACAGGGCUGUCCACAGUGUCACGGAGGCUGAGUUCACUUGCAAGGUUUUUUCGGCAAGGCGGUACCAGGAGCUGAUCGCCACCUACACCCGCCUCCCGCCGCACGAGAACAUCAGCCGCAUCGCGGAGGUGGUGACGGGCGAGCGCAACGUGUACGUGUUCUUCGAGCGCUGCCACGGCGACAUGCACUCGUACGUGCGCGCCUGCAAGCGGCUCCAGGAGGAGGAGGCGGCGCGGCUCUUCGGCCAGAUGGCGGCGGCGGUGGCGCACUGCCACGAGCACGGCGUCGUCCUCCGCGACCUCAAGCUGCGCAAGUUCGUCUUCACCGACCGCCAGAGGACAAAGCUGGUACUGCAGAACCUGGAGGACUCCUGCCUCCUGAAAGGGGAAGACGACUCGCUGACCGACAAGCACGGCUGCCCGGCCUACGUGGGCCCGGAGAUCCUCAACUCCCGGCACUCGUACUCAGGGAAGGCGGCGGACGUGUGGAGCCUGGGCGUGGUCCUGUACACCAUGCUGGUGGGGCGCUACCCCUUCCAGGACGUGGAGCCCGCCGCGCUCUUCGGCAAGAUCCGCCGGGGCGUGUUCACCGUCCCGGACUCCCUCUCGCCGCGGGCCAAGUGCCUGGUGCGCUGCCUGCUGAGGAAGGCCCCCGCCGACAGGCUGGAGGCGGGCGAGGUCCCGCUGCACCCCUGGCUCACCCGCCCCGCCUCGCCAUCCCCGGGCAACCACCUCAGCCCCAGGAACCACUCCGACCAGGUGGUGCCGGACUUUGGGAAGAGCGAAGACGACGGCGACCGUGCAUAGGUGCGCAAAAGAACACUCAGGACUUUGCUCCAGUCUCCCCUCAUGUAUCUCCUGGAGUGUGGAGGAUCAUUUGAGGGGGUGCGGUUCAUAACACAGGGACAGAGAAGGGGAGAUAAAAAUAAAUAAAUAAAAA